UCACUGAGAUUUAUUUGCAGGGAUAUCCAUGCAGAACCCUCGCCACUGUUUGUCUCAGAGUAGGCUGGCAGUGGUGCGCAGCAUGUUGCGUAGGGCAUCCAUCAUCCUCAACCGUCUUGAGAACCCCCCACAAGAAUCUGCAGACACAUCUCCAGAGAAUGGGACUUGUCCACCAGAGACCAGCGCAGAAGAAGAGACAGCGGCAGGAGCCACCACUCCCAUUGCAGCCAUUGAGAUUUCACCUCAAUUGAUAAUUAAUGGCCAACAAAUAGAUGUGGGUGGGCCCAGUAUUGACAUACAGGCUGAAGCUGUUCCUGAGCAAACAACCUCGGCCUCUGGUGGCAACGGUGAUCCUCAGACAGCUUCUACCAGUGAAGAACAGCCUCCACAGAAUGAAACUGAAGAGGAAGGGGGCAAUGCAGGGUCAAGAUAUCCUCGCACACGAGGCUUAGCUGAUCUUAUGGACCAGGCGUCUGAGAUCAACACUCGAGUGCAGCCGUUCAUGGCCCAGUACCAACAACUCAUGAGGGAUGACCCAGUCUUCUCUGACCAGGAAGCUGUAGUAACGAACCAGCGCUUGUUCACAAGCGUUUCAGAGAUCAUGCACAACUUGGCUCACGCUUACCAUGCACUCAGUGACAUCAUGUGUGACCUGGCCCAGCCACCGCCUCGGUUCCUUCGAUGUCGGCCGGUCCUCAUUCACCACUCGGCUGUUGUACAAACAGGUUUCCCGAUUCAGGUAUCAGCCAGUCUUGCCACAGGUAGUAACAAUGGACAGAGCUCCAACAGUGGAGGAACUCGAGCCACUGAUGGUGGGGCCAGGGCUACGGCGGGUCCAUCAGAGCAGCCUGAGCCACAAGGUCCUGUGACAGGUGCAGCAGAGGCCACAGCUCAGCCUGUGACGGGGCCUACUGCUGCUGCUAAUCCACCAACUAUAACUAGAACUCCAGGAGAGGAUGCAUCUGGCCAGACUCAGACUCCCUCCUCUCAGAGGACAACUCGUAUAGGUCAGACAAGAGUUCUAAUUUAGUUAUUUAAAUUUUUU